AUGGCCGACAAGAAACCCAAAGAAGGAGUCAAGACCGAGAACAACGACCAUAUUAAUUUGAAGGUGGCGGGGCAGGAUGGCUCUGUGGUGCAGUUUAAAAUGAAGAGGCAUAUACCACUUAGUAAACUAACAAAAGCCUACUGUGAACGACAGGACACACCUGCACAGUUGGAAAUGGGGGAUGAAGAUACGAUUGAUGUGUUCCAGCAGCACACAGGUGUCUACUAA